ACAGAGACAGAAGCCACACAUAACUAAUCAGCAGCCCUUGUGUCUGAGUCAUUGAAGAGCAGGUGCCAGACGUAGGAGUGAACAAGUGUUCAGGGAUAUCCUCAUCCUUUGAGUCUUCCCAGCUGAGGCCCCAGAUACCAUAGAGCAGAGAAUGCCAUCCCUGCUGUGCCCUGUCCAAAUUCCUGUCCCCAGAAACGGUCAGUUGCUUGGCUAAAAAACAUGUGUGAUGAAAAGUCUGGGAGGCCUCAGCCCACCAGCCGGCCAUCAGCGUGACUUCCGUCAUUCAGAGAAGUUGGUUACCUUCGAGAUGGGCUGUAGCUCUUUUGCACAGAUUGCCAAUUACUGCUGAUGGGUCUCUGGUGAAUUACACAAUGGUCCUCAGAGCCUAGAGGCCCACCCCCUCCCCCCCAAGGCUUCCUUCUCCCUGCCCCCCCCCCAUCCUACCCCAUGCUGGGAUUUUUUUUUUUCCUAUAUGUAUAUAUAUUUUUUCGCCUGUCCUCUUCGGGGAAGUUUGUAUGGGGCUUCUCGCUCACAUGCGGGAUCAGAAUGGUGUGAAUGACAACCGCACUGUGUCAUGAAGGUGGCGGUGGUUUCAGCCCGAGAGACCAAAUAAGAAGAAAGCUGAGAGAGGGGGGCAACGUUUUUGGAUGACAAAGGAUGGGUUUCCAUUUAAUUACGCAGCUGAGAGGCAUGCGUGUGGUGCUAGUGCUUCUUCCUACACUGCUGCUUGUUAUGCUCACGGGGGCUCAGAGAGCUUGCCCAAAGAACUGCAGAUGUGACGGCAAAAUUGUGUACUGUGAGUCUCAUGCUUUCGCAGAUAUCCCUGAAAACAUUUCUGGAGGGUCACAAGGCUUAUCACUGAGGUUCAACAGCAUUCAGAAACUCAAAUCCAAUCAGUUUGCCGGCCUUAACCAGCUUAUAUGGCUUUAUCUUGACCAUAAUUACAUUAGCUCAGUGGAUGAAGAUGCAUUUCAAGGGAUCCGUAGACUGAAAGAAUUAAUUCUAAGCUCCAACAAAAUUACCUAUCUGCACAAUAAAACAUUUCACCCAGUUCCCAAUCUCCGUAAUCUGGACCUCUCCUACAAUAAGCUUCAGACCUUGCAAUCCGAACAAUUUAAAGGCCUCCGGAAACUCAUCAUUUUGCACUUGAGAUCUAACUCACUGAAGACUGUGCCCAUAAGAGUUUUUCAAGACUGUCGAAAUCUUGACUUUCUGGAUUUGGGUUACAAUCGUCUUCGAAGCUUGUCCCGAAAUGCUUUCGCUGGCCUCUUGAAGUUAAAGGAGCUCCACUUGGAGCACAAUCAGUUUUCCAAGAUCAACUUUGCUCAUUUUCCACGUCUCUUCAACCUCCGCUCGAUUUACUUACAGUGGAACAGGAUUCGCUCCAUUAGCCAAGGCUUGACAUGGACUUGGAGUUCCUUACACAACUUGGAUUUAUCAGGUAAUGACAUCCAAGGAAUUGAGCCGGGCACAUUUAAAUGUCUGCCGAAUUUGCAGAAAUUGAAUUUGGAUUCCAACAAGCUUACCAACAUCUCACAGGAAACUGUCAAUGCGUGGAUAUCAUUAAUAUCCAUCACCUUGUCCGGAAACAUGUGGGAAUGCAGUCGGAGCAUUUGUCCUCUAUUUUAUUGGCUCAAGAAUUUCAAAGGAAAUAAGGAGAGUACCAUGAUAUGUGCAGGACCUAAGCAUCUCCAGGGCGAAAAGGUUAGUGAUGCAGUGGAAACAUACAAUAUCUGCUCUGAAGUCCAGGUGGUCAACACAGAAAGAUCACACCUGGUUCCCCAAACGCCCCAGAAGCCUCUGAUCAUCCCCAAACCUACCAUCUCCAAACCUGACCUCACCCAGCCCACCCUUGAAGCACCAAGCCCUUCCCCAGGGUUUCAGAUUCCUGGCACAGAGCAAGAAUAUGAGCAUGUUUCGUUUCACAAAAUUAUUGCAGGAAGCGUGGCUCUCUUCCUCUCGGUGGCCAUGAUCCUCUUGGUCAUCUAUGUGUCUUGGAAACGCUACCCAGCCAGCAUGAAACAACUUCAGCAACACUCUCUUAUGAAGAGGCGGCGGAAAAAGGCCAGAGAGUCUGAAAGACAAAUGAAUUCCCCUUUACAGGAGUAUUAUGUGGACUAUAAGCCUACAAACUCUGAGACCAUGGAUAUAUCCGUUAAUGGAUCUGGGCCCUGCACAUAUACCAUCUCUGGCUCCAGGGAAUGCGAGGUAUGAACCAUGAUCCUCCUAAAAGCAUUUCUACUGCGGGGAAGGAGAGGUAAAUGUUUGAAGCUCUAGAGGUGUCUCUAAUCACUAGAAAGAUUAAUGACCCUUUUGCUUUUGGGUUUUGCUCAGUGUGAAAGGUUACUUAAUUAAAUUACAACCACCAGGAAAUUGACUGCUUUUUUUUUUUAAUGGUUGAAACUUGAAGGAAGUUCAUUCAAGGAUGAGAUUAAGUUGGAAUAAAGCACUAUGUUAAAACA